UCCGGACCCACUUAAGAAAAAGACUUUUAUCACUAGCAGUCAGUCUCCUGUGGUUUUUAGUUUUGUAAAAACCCUUUCUUUGCGCUCUCUCUCUCUCUCUCUCACACACAAGCUUCUCCUCUCUUCUUUCUUUGAGAUGGAUCACCAAGAUCACAUUAAGCUUCACACGCCAGGGCUCGAGGGCCAUGGAGUCCAUGUUUGUCGCAAAUGUGGAUGGCCCUUUCCAAAUCCACACCCAAGUGCCAAACUCAGACGUGCACACAAGAGGAUUUGUGGAACUAUUGAAGGUUACAAGCUGGUUGACUCUGAGGGGAACACCCAUUUGAAUGUUUCUGAUGAUGAGCACUCUGAUGAUGGUCACAAACCCCCUGGUCCAAAAGUUGUCGAGCCAAGUAACAUUGCGAAGGAUAUUGGUGGAAUUGGGGCAAGAUCGAAUAUAUCAGAAGAUGAAGUGUUUUCAGAUGCGGUUGCCGAAUUUUCAGAUAGUGGAACUAAGUCAAGGGUUGAAGAACCAUUAAAGAAUGCUCAAGAACCAGCAACUAAUGCGGAAAAGGUUGCUAAGGAUGAUCCAAGUAUCAACAAAUCAUUUAAGGAUGGUGGCAUUGCUGAAAUUAUUGAGCCACCAAGUCUUUCCAGUGAAAGCAGCCAAACAGGGAAUCCUGAAGAUCCUGAAAGUAUAGUUAAUCAGUUGAGGACUUCACCAGAGUUUGAAGAUCAUGUGUCCACCUUUACCGUCAGUUCAAAAGCAAGUUCUUUUUCAGAUUGUAUAGCUGAAGAAUCUGUUAUGCAUAGUUAUGAUGGGAAAAAUUCACCGAGCGAUUCAAAUAACGUCAAGCCUGAAACUUUAACAGAUGCAUCACAAGAAAGUGAGAAGAUCAGUGCUAGUGAGGAUGUUAUCAAAUGCCCUUUGGCUUCUGUUGUGCAGGAGCCUGACACAAAGGGAACUGAAGAAACUAAGUUAGAUAGAAAUCUAAUGGCUUCUAUGGUCUCACCCAGUAGAUUUGCUGGAAAAUCAUUUGAGUUAGUGUCAAAGUCAGAAGUAACAAAGGGAAAAACUUCAGAUCCUGUGCCCGAUGAUACAGUUAUCCAGACAGGGGAAGAGCAUGAUGGUGGGUCCAGUUCUAAGAUGAGCCAAAAUGAUCUUACUCCCGAAGUUGAUUCUGCUGAUCAUGUUAAUGCUGCUAUUGAUACGUUUCAGCUCAAGGUGGAUGCUGGACAUGCAGUAAAAGAUCUUGCCAGUUCUGGUGACAUAAUUGAGAGUGGCAGCAAAAAGGAAGAAGGGAAUUACAGUCUACAUGUCCUUCCUGUGCGUGAUGAUUCUUCUGAUCAUGUGAAUGCCUCUAUUGAUGCUUCUCAAAUCAAUGUGAUUGCUGCUGAAGGAAUACACUCUGCCAAUUCUGGCUAUAUAAGUGAGAGUUGCAACAAAAAGGAAGAAACAAAUGAAAAUGAAAAUGUGAAUGUCCUUUCUGUGCCUGAUGAUACAUCAAUAUUAGACCCUCCUGCAAUCAUGGUUGAAGAUUUUAAAGACAACAAAGGAGUGAAACUACAUGAAUAUGCAAGCCUGGACUCAUGUGCAACAAUUAUGGAUAAGGAAGAUGCUAAUGGUUCUGCUUCUAAGGAGCAAUAUUCCAGUUUCCAACCAAGGCAAUUGAACGAGGGAGCUGAGGUCCCUUCUUCAGCUAUUCUUGUUUUGGAAGACAGUGGUGAUUCGAAUGGGAGCAGUGUGGCUGUGGUUAAUGAAGUGCUUGUUGAAGAGGAAGCUGAUGUGUCCCAGGUCAAGCUCACAAUUAAUGAAAAAGAAGUUCCUGCAGAAGCUGUGAUCACUGACAUGGAGGAAAACCAUACCGUCCAGUCUCAUGAAGUACCAGAAACUCAUGAUAUUUGCGAUGAUGCGUUACAGGUUAAUUUUCCUGAAAAUGCUAUGGAAUUAUCAUCUGAUGCUGUAAUCAACCAAGCAACAAAUCUAGUUGGUGGGGAUGAUGCUGGCAAUUGUGAGAAAGCUAUGACUGAGAAAUUGGAUGGGAUUGGAGAUAACAUUGGAAAAUCUGUUUCAGAGGAAAACUAUACCAAAAUCUCAGGAAAAAAUUCUGAAUCUAUAGGUAAUCCCUUUGAAUCCCCAGUUUAUCCAACAAUCAAAUUACCUGAAGGUGAUGAAGCUGGUGAUCGUGAAAAGGGCAAAAUUCAAAAGUAUGAUGUAGAUGGAAUUGAAAGCAAGGAUGAAUCUAAGGAGCAUCUUUCAAUGAAAUCAAAACUAUUUUCUGAGUCUGCCAGCAGUCUUCACGAAUCACAAACGGUUGCAGAUAACAUAAUGGAUGGGUCUGUGAAAAAGUUACCAGAACAUGAAUGCAUGGAUUUUGAUGGAGUUUAUUUAAGCAGAGUUGGCAAGAACAGUUUUUCAGAUACUGGCAUAAAAAAAGAUGAAAUCAAUGGCAAUGAAGUGGAAAUAAAAUCUAUUGGACGAAGUACUGCUAAUGAGUCAUACCAUGGGGGACAUGUCAACUCAUUACAUAAAACCUCAGGAGAUGACAUGACAAAAGAGUCACAUCCCUCUCAUUUGGACAGUGAAUCUUCUUUUCAAAGUUCUGCUGCUGUUGAUGAAAACCAUGCAAGAGAGUUUGGUGUGGGUGCUUCUGGAAUUACUUCCGAGUCUUUGGAAGGCGAUAGUAACUUUGUUAAGCAACAGGUUGCUGCAUCUGCAAUGGAUGUUUCAGUUGAUUCCUCUAGCCAAACUGAUAGUUUGGAAGGCCAUUGGGGGUCUGUUUCAGUGCUUUCUACCCAAUCAGAUGCAGCAGUGGUUAUUGAUGCUGAAGCUUUGCCAUCAUCUGAUUCCCAAGCAUCAGCAAAAGCAGAGAAAGGCAACUUGGAGAAGCCAAGAGAAGCCGCUGAGGAACAACAGCAUUCUGAAAAAUCAGAUAUGUUUGAGGCACCAUCUUUUAUGACAUUAGUUGAAUCUAGAGAUGGGGUUGACCAAAAAGCAGCUGCUUCCGAGAUCCAGAUGGGACAGAAUUCGCAACAGGAGUCUGCAUCUUUGCAGGCCGGGUGGUUUCCUUCUCUUACUCAUGUUGUGAAUGAAUCACAGGGGAGAAAGAAGAAUGAAGAGAUUAUUGCGAAGGUAACAAACUGGAGCACUGGAAAGCAACACACUCCUUUAAAAACCCUUCUGGGUGAAGCUUCCCUUGAAACCAAAUCAAAGUCACCAAGACCUAAAGAAAAUCCAGCUCCUGCAAUUCAGAAAGAUGAAACAGUGCCAAAAGAUAAUGGUGCUUUUGCCACAACAGUUAACACUAUUUUAGGUCCUGAGUCGCCUACAAAUGAGGCUGCCAAGUCACAGGCGAAAAAAGAAUGGAACUCUCCAGCAAGGUAUCCUUCAGAAAUUAAGAGAGAAAAGAGGAAAGUCAAGGGGAGACCAUAUUGGGUACAAUUUGUCUGCUGCUCAUCUAUGAAUUAGAAUCUUAAAUACCGAGUUACAAGAUGUAGUAGUGAUAAUAUAAAUGGAGACAUCCCAGUUAAUGAUUCUUGAGAAGGUUAUACUGGUGAGUUUUUGGUAAUUGGAAGCUAGCUUUGUGUGAUAGCGUAGUUUUAUACUUUAGGUACAUAUAUUACAUAUUUUUUUAGCUAUAUUAACAUAUGGGGAUGACAUUCAGUUAGCUUAUUAAUCCAUAAUCUUCUUCUUGUCUGGGUUCA